CGAACCGAACCUGAUGAGCCAACCAGCGACUAGGUAGGAAGGAGGAAUCUAGUAGUUGGUGGCUCCGCAAAAGUGCAUUUGGUUCCCAAGAGAAGAUGGAGACUUCUCUGAGGUAUUCAGCAAACUCCAGGUCUCUGAGAAUCCAUGCCAAAGAGAAGGUCUCGGUUCACUCCAAAACUCAUUUGCAGCUUCAUGGGGAGCUAGAUACACGGGCUGGAUCGCCAAGUUACUUCUGUGCGAUGAUAAGACACUUUUUCCAUGAGGCUUCGACAAACAUUGGAGUAGGCUUGCAUUACGAUAAAAGCCAAAAGCUUCGGGGUUUUGUACGUGGGAAAAAGAAGUUCCCUGUGAGAACCGAUGCGCUUCUAACCUUUAAUAUCAAAGGAAGAUGUGAUUUUGACCAGGAGUUUAAUCAGAGGAACCCAAAAGGAGCUGCUGAAUUUGAUUUGAACGUAUGGAAGUUUGAGAAAGAUCAGGACUUACGCCUCAGAGUUGGCUACGAGAUGUUUGACAAGGUCCCAUACAUGCAGAUUAGAGAAAACAAUUGGACUCUCAACACCAACUUGAAAGGAAAAUGGAAUGUGAGGUUUGAUCUUUAAGGAGGGAAACAUGAACAGAACACACAUUAAAGGAAAGAUUACAUUCUAUAUUUGAUCGUUUUGAGAGAAAUGUAUUACUGAUUGAAGAAACUCACUUUGGUUUAACCAAAUGUUAGCAAAUCUACAUAUCUUUUAAUUUGUUAUCACUUAUCAAUCACUUUUUA